AUGUCUUCUUCAGAGUAUCUUCAUCCCCUUGACCCGGCCACGGCCGAGGAAAUCCAAAUUGCCACAGACCUAUUCAAGAACUUAUUAUAUGGCAUCCCUCUUCACUUCAAGGCUGCGGGUCUCGACGAGCCUCCCAAGCAGGAGAUGGUCGCAUACCUCAAGGCAGAGCAUGCAGGAGAGCCUCUACCAGAGAUCCCUCGUCGCAUCUUUGCGAUCUGGUACAUCAAGCGAUCUCCUCGUCUAUUCGAGGGCGUGAUCGAUGUCACCAACAAGCGAGUCAUUGAGCAUGAAGAGCUUUCACGAGACUUCCACGGACCUGUCGACCGUGUCGAGCUCAACGAGGCGGCCCAGGUGGUAAUGACCAAUGCCGACGUGCACAAGGAGCUCGCACGGUUGAAGAUUGACAAAGCGAAUGUUGUUCUUGACCCAUGGGACUACGGAGUUGAUGGCAUCGACACACAAGAGCGCAUGACACAGAACCCAAAGAACAACGACGUCGACUCAUCACACUACUCCUUCCCCCUUGACUUCAUGGUAAUUGUGGACCUAUGCACCAUGAAGGUGAAGAAGAUCAUCCGGCUGCCAUUAGGUUCGGACGAGAGCACAACAGAAGGCAUGGACGACAUCGCGCAACGCGAGACAGACCCUGCCGAACCCGAGUACGACCAUCGUCUUCAGAAGAACCCUCCUCGGACAUCUAUGAAGCCAUACAACGUCGUCCAGCCCGAGGGAGCGUCCUUCACCGUGAAAGGUCACCUCAUCGAAUGGGAGAAGUGGCGUUUCCGUGUGGGCUUCAACUGGCGCGAAGGCUUGACCCUGCAUGACCUGCACUUCAUGGAUCGCAGCACGUUCUACCGUCUCUCCUUGUCGGAGAUGUUCGUACCCUACGGAGACCCUCGAAGCCCCAUCUAUCGCAAGGGUGCCUUCGACCUUGGCAACGUCGGUGCUGGCGUGACUGCGAACAACCUUCAGCUUGGAUGUGACUGCCUUGGUACUAUUAAGUACAUCAGCGGCUGCGUUGUUUCAGCCGACGGAAGCCCAGCUCCCCGUCCCAACGCCAUCUGCAUUCACGAGAUCGACAACGGCAUCCAAUGGAAGCACACCAACCACCGAACCGGCAAGGCCACCGUGGUCCGCAAGAGACAGCUCGUUCUCCAGCAGAUCAUUACCGUUGCCAACUACGAGUACAUCUUUGCUUGGAUAUUGGAUCAAUCAGGCGAGAUCUCCUUCGAGACCAGGGCUACCGGUAUCUUGUCUACUCAGCCCAUCGACAAGGACUCCAAGGUUCCUUGGGGAACCCGUGUUGCCGACGGUGUCAUGGCACCGUACCACCAGCACCUCUUCAACGUCCGCAUCGAUCCUGCUGUCGACGGCCACCAGAACACCUUCACAUACACCGACUCAGUAGCCAUGCCUUGGGAUGAGAAGCUCAACCCACUAGACACAGGCUACGUGAGCAAAGAGACACCCGUCAUCCGCGCUGGACCCGUAGAGGACAGUCUGAAGGACGGCCGUGUCUUCAAGAUCGUCAACGAAAACAUACAGAACCCUGUCUCGUUGACCCCCGUUGGCUACAAGCUCGUCCCCAUCCGAUCCCAAACGCUUCUUGCCCAGCCUGGCUCGUGGCACUGGCGUCGCUCUGAGUUCUGCGAGGUGCCCAUCUGGGUGACCAAGUACAAGGACCGCCAGUUGUUCCCGGCGGGCGACCACACCAACCAAGGUCUCGGCGGAACCGGCAUCAAGUCGUGGACGAAGACAAGGGAUCACAUCCCUAACGAUGACAUUGUCAUUUGGCACACAUUCGGCUUCACGCACAACCCUCGCGUGAAGGACUUCCCCAUCAUGCCUGCUGAAAUCGCGCAGUUCCACCUCAAGCCUUACAACUUUUGCAACUACAACCCCACCAACGAUGUGCCGCCUUCCAACCAGGCUUUCAACAAGAGCACCCUGUUUGAAGAUGCAGGCAAGGAGGGACAGAGGGGUUCAUGCUGCGGUGCGGAUACUCCUGCCGACUCGACAUCGAGCAAAGGUGAAGGGGAAAGCCCGUUUGUGAAGGUAGCCCUACCAGACAACACUGAGUCUUGA